GUACAUCUUUGUGCUAGGCUGUGGUUUGGCCUUUCACAAGAAAUGCUCCCUAGCAGAUCUUUUAAAUUAUGAAGCAUAGGCUCAGGAAUGAGUUAAACAAUUAAAACUUAAGUCAUCAUCUUCCUAACUAACGUGAACACAUGCAACAGGUUUGGAACUAUUUUCUUUGCGAAGGAAUACGUCAAAUGCUGUUAUAGGUGUUUAAUCUUGUAUCCUUACCUUGACCAUGAAUCUGUAACUCUAGGGAUGCCAGAGUAUGUCCAAAACGUAAUGCCCAAAGGCUACACAGGAUCUUCACUUAAUGGGAAAACCCAAAGUGUUUAUUUAGUAUAGGACUUGCCAUAAACUGUGAACUUAACAAAUACUAGUGCAGUGGCUGUGUUUAUUAUUUUAUUUAGCAGUGACCCAUUAGUCCCCAAGUGGCUUUAGGAAGUAAGGAUUUUGGUGGUGUAGACUGAUUGUGCACUUAUGUCUGUGCCCUAACUUCAGAAAUGCAGUUUCUAUGCCUGUCAUUCCCAGUCUAGUGGGAUGCUUUCUUCAGCCUCUACCUGGAAGCCCUUGCCCUAGGAAGCUGCACGACCCCCUGGGGUGGAGGCCAGCUGUGUAUGAAAGCUGGUCUUCCCACAUUGCCCCCAGGCUCUUUGAAAGAGAUGUCAGGGCAAAGCCAGAAAAAAUAAGUCCGUGAAAAUGAGCUGGCCGCUAGGACAGGCACCCCCACAGCGUGGAGAACCCACCACCAGCAGCCCAGUGUGUUUCUUAUUGCAGCGGUUGAGUCACCAGCAAGACUGGCCCGAGGUGAGCCAGGCACAUCCGCGUUAGGACUCAGAGACACGCCUUCUUCUCACACAAACCUUCCUGAUCCCAGCCGCCUAGGCGGACUCCCGGGUGGUGCUACCAGCCCUGCCACUCGUAGUCCGGACAGGCAGAGGUUGGGGACCGCCUGGCAUUGCACCGAUCGGGAUCCACAGGUAGCAGACGCAGGGAGCCGUGCCCAUGACAGUGACGCUGUGAGGCUGCGGGUGUGCGGUAGCUGCUGGUGGGUCCUGGAGCUCAGGAAGACCGGAGCGGCCCUGAAACCUGACACCAGCGCCCUCGCUGUGGCUGUCCCCCGGGCUGGCUCCCCAAGACUAUCACUAUGACUGAUGGAGAUUAUGAUUAUCUGAUUAAACUCCUGGCCCUUGGAGACUCGGGAGUAGGGAAGACAACAUUUCUUUACAGAUACACAGACAACAAAUUCAAUCCCAAAUUCAUCACUACAGUGGGAAUAGAUUUUCGGGAAAAACGUGUGGUUUACAGCACACAAGGAGCCGAUGGGUCUCCAGGGAAAGCAUUUAAGGUACACCUGCAGCUUUGGGACACUGCUGGACAAGAGCGGUUCCGGAGCCUCACCACCGCCUUUUUCAGAGACGCCAUGGGCUUCUUGUUAAUGUUUGACCUCACCAGUCAACAGAGCUUCUUGAAUGUCAGGAACUGGAUGAGCCAACUGCAAGCAAAUGCUUACUGUGAAAACCCAGACAUAGUACUAAUCGGCAACAAGGCGGACCUGCCGGACCAAAGGGAAGUCAAUGAACGGCAGGCUCGGGAGCUGGCUGAAAAGUAUGGCAUACCAUACUUUGAAACAAGUGCUGCAACAGGACAGAAUGUAGAGAAGUCUGUGGAAACCCUUCUGGACUUAAUAAUGAAGAGAAUGGAACAAUGUGUAGAGAAGACACAGGUUCCGGACACUGUCAAUGGUGGAAAUUCUGGAAAGCUGGAUGGGGAAAAGCCAGCAGAAAAGAAAUGUGCCUGCUAGAGACACUCCUCCUAGGAACCAGUGAUAAAGAGCCCACCCAAAUACUACAUCCUGAAAUAAUGCAAACCACAAAGUUGUUGUUGAGUAGAUCAUGAGCAAUGGCAUGUCUUUCUCUUCCCUCCCCAAUCUAUUUUAAUAAACCAGGAUAGUCAAUAAUGUUAAAAGAAUUGUACUGUUAACCUGGGUCCCUUCCAAACAAAAAUCAAAGUUCUCCUAAGGUGGUCUCACCAUCAUGGAUGCUUGGUUGUAUUUUUAUUAAGAAGUUGUGUAUAAGAGAAGAAGUAUCAGUGACUUUUAAAUGAAAGCACAUAUUACUAUCAGUCUGGAGAAAUGAAUAGGCUAACUAAAAAGAAUAUUAAAAGAUUAUUUCUGUUCAUAUCUACUUAUGUGAAGUAUGAGUCAUAGUCUAUAUUUGCACUGGGAAAAACAUAUUCCUAAAAAUAGACAUAUAACAAAGAAUUCUGUGUGGCUUAUUAAGGAUGACUAGAUUUACCCAAUAAGCUACACUGAUAAGGUUGUGAGUGGGUGAAUGUCAGACUUCUUGUAGGAAAUUGUGUAAUAAUGCCAUUUUUAUAUUUUUUUAUAAAUGGCAUGGAGACAAGAAUAGGAUCAUGGAUGAAAAAGUAUAAGGUACAUUUCCUAGAGGAAAAUAAAACAUGGGAAUAUGGCAGUUGAACAGGUAAAAUUAAAUGGAUCUUUGAGAUAAGUCUGAGAGAGUCACUUAGCCAAAUUUCACUGAAGCAGAUUGGAAGCUGGCAUUAUCAGUUGAGACUGAGAAUGCUUUAGAAGCUCCAAUUCAAACAAUUCAAUCUUUUAGCAUUGCUUCUGGUAGUGCCCAAGUUCACAUUUUAUUUUUAUUUUUUUUUAUCAAAUUCUUAUAAAGAAUCACAAGAAAAAAUAAACCAUAUUUAUUGAAUAUACCCUAUAAAUGUAGUCAAGAAACUUAAGAUUUAGUCUUAAAGUUUCCAAAUAUAAAAUUUGUUGAUGAUAGAAAACAAAGAGUGAUGGUUAAUUGUGGGUUUUGCUUCAUUUUAGAAAAGCACUAGAAAUUCUAAGUUGUAUUUUCCCUCUAUACCACACUUAUCUCUGUGUUGAAGCAGUUACAACAAGGUAUGUUCAUGGAUCAAUAACUUCAAAAUAAUUA